AUGAUAAACAUUUCAAUAACUGACUUUCAGAUAAAAAUUUGUAUUAGGUAACUAUAUUUUAAGUGUAUUUAAUAACAUACUGCUAAAAUGAGUAAAACAAAAAUACCAUUACAAAAUAUGACGUCCCACGAAGACAUAGAGGAUGAACAAGAAAAAAAUGUUAUAAACAUACCUGCUCCACCAGAUGGUGGUUAUGGCUGGGUAAUCGUUGUAGCUUCUUUCGUCUGUAAUAUGGUAGUGGAUGGUAUUUGUUACACAUUCGGUAUAUUUUUGUUUGAAAUAAUCCAGUACUAUAACGCAAGCAAAGGCAAAACGGCAUGGGUUGGUUCUAUCCUUACAGGAACAUAUCUUAUUAUCGGACCUCUUGUAAGUGCGCUGUGUAAUAAGUUCGGAUGUCGCGCGGUUUGUGUUGCAGGUAGUAUUAUAUCCACCGUUGCAUUUGCACUAUCAAUUUUCAGUCCCACAGUCAACUGGCUUAUGUUUACUUAUGGUUUUCUGGGCGGCUUCGGAUUUGGUCUAAUUUACUUACCAGCCGUCGUAUGCGUUGGUUACUAUUUCGAGUCUAAAAGGUCCUUAGCUACUGGUAUAGCUGUUUGUGGCUCUGGCGCAGGCACAUUUGCAUUUGCACCUUUAGCAACUGUCUUACUUGAUAGGUAUGGAUGGAAAGGUGCUAAUUUGAUACUUGCCGGGAUUAUAUUUAAUUGCGCAAUAUUUGGGGCGCUAAUGAGACCUUUGGAGUAUACGAAGAAGGAUAGUGAAAGUCAUACAAAAUUGUUAACUACAAGUAUCUCCAGUGGAACGGCAACAAGUUUUAAAGAUGUUAGAAAAAGAAAUGAUUUUACUCAUCAUGAAAAAGAGACUGAUGGCGAAAGUUUGCAAUUUGCUUCAAAGUCUUCCCUUGCAAGUAAAAAAAGUACGAGUCGUACUAAUCGUACCAUACAACCUAUGGCCAGAAAAGAUGUAUUUUAUUCAGGAUCAAUUGAACAUCUAGCAGAAUAUCAAUCCCAGAAAUCUUUAGCAAGUUAUAGACAGAGUGUUUUAAGCAUACCAAGAGCAGAACAUGACAAUAUAUCUGGAAAUAAAUGUUUACCAAACAUGGAUCAAAUAUGUGAUUUGAGUUUGUUAAAAAAUGUAGUAUUUCUGCUCAUAGGAAUUUCAAAUUUCUUUGCAAUGGCUGGUUUAUAUGUACCUUUUACUUAUUUGGUUGACUGUGCUAAAUCUAAAGGCAUCGAUGGAAACAGUGCAUCUUUCCUAAUUUCCAUAAUGGGCAUUACAAACACAAUUGCUCGUAUUAUUUGUGGAUAUAUCACUGAUUUACCUCAAGUCGACGCUUUAUUUGUGAACAAUAUAUGUCUAGUUAUUGGAACAUUAUCAAUAGCAGCAAUUCCAUUUUGCAAUGCUUACUCUGCUUAUGUAGGCGUAGCAAUUUUCUUUGCUAUUGCAGUGGCUGGAUUCAUAUCCCUGAGUUCAAUAAUCCUGGUGGAUUUAGUGGGGCUUGACAAACUUACAAACGCAUUUGGAUUAUUGACUUUCUACAGAGGUGCUGCUGCCCUUAUUGGUACUCCACUCGCAGGAACAUUGUAUGAUAUGACUCAAAGUUAUGAGCUGCCCUUCUUUGUAGCAGCAUCUUUAUUUGGACUUGCUGCUAUAACAAGUUUUACGGCUCCACUUCUAAAAAGGACUUCCCAUAAAAAAAUUGAAACCAAUGACGUUUUGACACCUAUCAAUGAGGAAAAUGAGGUGUAAUUUCAAUUUUGUAAGAGAAUUUGUCAACUGUGUUUUAUGUAUCUGUGAUAAGGAACAAUUACUAUUAAUAAAGUAGAGCUCGAAGUAAAAUUAAA